UAUGGCGGCAAAGAUUACACAUCUUCUUAAAAGUGUCCUUUAGCUUCACACUCUGCUAUCUCUCCGUCUUAAUCGCCAAGCCUUUGAGAACGUGAAUUCUUGUCCGUGCCAAAUCGAUGCCGCUUUUGUAGCUCCUGAUUCAGACAUCAAAACUUCAGAUUCAUAAUCAUGAAUGACAAAGAGGUUCUGACAUAUGAAGAUAUUGUUUUGAGAGUGUCAGAUUUGGAUAUUCUGGAAGGACCCUGUUAUCUCAAUGAUCAAAUAAUUGCAUUCUACUUCGGUUAUCUGUCUUCCUCAUGUGACUCGCAUGAUAUCCUUCUUGUUCCACCUUCGGUGUCUUUCUGGCUUGCUAAUUGCAAAGAGGAGGCUCUCAAAGAUAUCAUAGAACCCCUCAAAUUAUCAAGCAAGAAAUUGGUUCUAUUCACUGUGAACGACAAUGAUGAUCUGAGUGGUGGUGAUAGUGGUACACAUUGGAGUUUGCUUGUUUAUGAUAGGAGUAGCAAUACAUUUUCACAUCAUGACAGCAUGGAGGGAGUAAAUAAUUCUCAUGCUAUGAAGCUUUACGAGGCUGUCAAGGGAUUUAUGGGACCAACUGCCAAACCAAACACAGCAUCAUCAUCUACACCCAAAGGUAGAAUGAAGAAAAAGAAAGAUGUGGGUGCAACUGCCAAAGCUGUGGCAGUUGCUGAUGCUGAACCUUCCUUUAUAGAAUGUGAUACACCACAACAAACGAAUGGAUAUGACUGUGGACUUUAUGUCAUUGCCAUUGCCAAAGUAAUCUGUCAAUGGCAUUCAAGUAAAAAGAAGGGCAAGGAAAGCAACUGGAUUUCUGCUAUAGAGAGGCAAGUUAAUGCAUCUUUAGAGAUGACAAUGAGAGAUGAGCUACUGAAGCUCAUUGAAAAUUUAAGGAAGGAGGAUUGAGGCAAGCAUAUGAAAGAUACUUGUUGAGGGGAAAGAUUUCUGAACAAACAAGUACAGAGCUUUGGACUUAACCACAUGCAUGUAUAGAUACUGCAUUGAAAGCAAAUUCUGUUACCAUCAAGAAAACUUGUCCAUAUGUAUUUUUUUCUCUCCUUUCAUACCUGUAACAGCAUUGCAGUGUACAGUUAGAAGCACUCUACCAUGUUACAAUUUUAACAAAAAGUGAUAAAUGCGAUUUACACACAAUUGUUUUUA